AUGGAGGGCAAAACUUGUAGAGGAGACUUGGCAGCUGCAGCUGAGGAAGAAAAUACUGACUCACAUUCUAAUUCAAUUAAUGGGAAGCCAAAGAAAUUGGAGUGUUUCUCUAAGAACGCUUUUUCUGUUUCCUGUGAUGAGAGUCUCUUGAGUUUGUUAGUACCACCCCCUAAAAGCGGGACUUGCCAUCAUUGUGGUCUGUAUGGAACUCUCAGAUGUUCACAAUGUAUGCAAACAUACUAUUGCUCUGCAGAUUGUCAGAGAAAAGACUGGCCAACACAUAAGAUUGUAUGUGAUCCCAUUAAACAGAAUACAAGUAACAACAAAACCAAGGAGGGAGUUUAUCUUAAGGAGGAAGUGACGUUGAGUUUUGCUGUAGAUGUUGUUCUUCCAGAUUCUGGUGACUGCCUAAAUAAGGUUCCCUUAGAAAUGAAGUCUCAUUUAAUUCCAGACAGUGAUGCCAACGGAGAAGUUUCUCCAGGAGUGUCAGAAAACCAUUCAAAGGGAAGCGAAAAGAAAAUACCUGAAGAUGAAGACUCUCUCCACUGUGCUAAUUCAAUUCCAAAGUGUGUUUCUUUAAGCAUCGGAGACCAGUUUUUUGGUGUGGUUUCCCACAUACAAAAUCCAGGCACCUUUUUCUGUCAGCAGCUGGACAGUGCCCGUCAACUUGCUGGACUUGAAGUAUCUCUUAACGAAUAUUGUGGCAAAUUUCCCAGUAAUCCAUCUUUCCAUCCUGCUGCUGGAAAUGUAUGCUGUGCCCAGUUCACAGAAGACAAUCUUUGGUAUCGUGCUACUGUCACAGCUUAUGCUUCUGAAGAUAGUGUUUUGGUGGACUAUGUGGAUUAUGGUAAUUCUGACUGUGUUCCACUGACAAAACUUCGUCCUGUGAUUCCAGCGUUAAUGAACUUGCCAGCUCAAGCCAUAAGGUGUUCCUUGGCAGGUGUAAGGCCACCACUGGGAACAUGGACCUCAGAAGGUACCUCUUUUAUGAAAAAAAUGGUGAAAGACAAAGUGUUCACAGUAAAAGUAGUGGAUAAAGAGGGUUCUACUUAUGUGGUGGAGCUUGUGAACGCAUCAGUUACUCCGGCGAUAAAUAUAUCGAGGCUUCUCAUAGAGGAAGGCUGUGCAGCUGAGGACUCAAGGGUGGCCUUACCAGCAGUCACAAUGAGUGAUGUUAAGCAAGAAAAUGAGGACACAAUGAACAAAAGAACAUGCAAAUGGCUUAAAUUAACUCUUAAGCAAACAGUCAGUGUCAGAGUGUGUACAGUGUACAGUCCUGGAGAAUUCUACUGUCACAUUUCAAAUACCCAUGAAUUACUUGCUCUAAACUCACUUAACAAAUCCAUGUCUGAAUACUGUCAGAAAACUCCACCAGAUGUUUUCGAGCCUGAGAUUGGAGAACCUUGCUGUGCUUUUUUCUCUGAAGAUGGUAACUGGUACCGUGCUGUGGUGCAAAACAUCACUAAAGGUGGAAGCGUUCAAGUGAGCUUUGUGGACUAUGGAAAUGUUGAGGAAGUACCACUGGAUAAAAUACGGAAGAUCUCACCAUCAUUCCUAAAACUUCCAUUUCAAGCAAUUAAAUGCUGGCUCUCAGGUAUAAAGCCUUGUAAUAACAAAUGGAAUCAAGAAGCUACAAUAAGAUUUCAUAUGUGCACUUCUGGGCUAGAGCUUCAAGCCACAGUAACUUCCCUGUCCAAAGAUGGGGCAGGUGUAGUGCUUACAGACAAUUCCACACAUUGUCCAAAAGUGAUCAAUGACAUACUAACUUCUGAAAAUUUGGCUGUAAAGGAAGUUCUACAAGAUAAAAAUAACUUUCCAAACAAGUCUGUUGAACAAAAAGUAACCUCACUUGGGCACUGGAAGUCAUUUAAAUUGGCUGUAGGUGAAACCAUAACUGUCUUUGUAACAGAAAUUGUAAGCCCAGACUUGUUCUACGCUGUACCAGUUCUAAAUGAAGUUCAAAGGAGGGAGUAUAAGGAGCUGACUGCACUAGGAGCCUAUUGCAAAUCUUGUAAGAAAGAGCCCUUCCGACCAAAACUGGGUGAAGCUUGUUGUGCCCAGUUUUCAGGUAAUGGCCGGUGGUACAGAGCUCUUGUUCUAGAAGCUUCCCAGUCUGCAGUGAAAGUGCUGUAUGCAGACUAUGGGAACACAGAAACUUUACCACUUUCAAAGGUGCUGCCAAUCACUGAUUCCUUUUUAAAGCUGCCUUUUCAGACAAUUACAUGUUCACUUGCAGGAAUAGAGAAAGUUGAGUGGUCUCCACUAAUGCUUAACAAGUUGAAAGAAAUGGUACUGAAGCAAUACGUCGCAAUUACAGUGAAAGGGAUUAACGGAGAUGUCAAGUUGGUAACGGUAGAGAAACGCUGUGAAAAUGGUGGUCUGAAUGUAGCUGACAAACUUGUAAAUCAAGGUUUGGUCAAAUCCUGCAGUGCUGAAUACUCACACAGUGAACGGCAAGGUAGUAGAGGUGAGACCAAAUGCUGCUGCACAGAACUGAAAGAGCAACUUAAAAAGCAUGAACAGAUCCUGCUCUUCCUUUUAAACAAGUACGGGAAUCCAGAUGGAUUCACAGAAAUGAAAAAUCUGUUGAAGUCUUAA